AUGUCCCAGCACCGGGGGGAAAAAAGCGCGGAGGCAAAAGAUAAAUCAGCCUUCUUUGCGGCUCGCACGCCGCAGUCUAAAAUUGCCGACACACAAAUCCAAGAUGGCGCCGACCCGGACUUUGAACCGGAACAUGACCCCACAGUGAGUAAACCAGACGAUUGCCCCCUGACUCAGAGCCUCCUGCAAUCCAUGCUAGAUGGUGCAGUUACUAAAAUGCAAGCUACGUUCACAGCAGCCCUCAGUGAUAUAAGAAAAGGCUUCCAAGAACUGGAAACCCGGACCUCUCAUCUUGAGGACACU